GCCCGCCGCGCUCUGUGCAUGCAGUGAAUAUCCGAAAAUGGCAGCUUUUGUGUAUGUGCUUCUCUACGCUCUAGCCCUUUGCGGUGUCGGCAGAGGGAGAGCGGGUUCGGGAGGAGUAGACAAAAUCCAGAUAGACCCGAGCACGCGCAUGUACCGCGGGGUGUCGGACGGACGAGUUUACGUGUUCCACGGACUGGACACGGAGGACUCGUCUCCUCCGUGGUACCUUCGGACGCUGGACCAGCAGCAAAUCGACCUCAUGAAAUCGUGGGGGUUGAAUAUGGUUAGAGUUGGUUUCCAAUGGCACAUGGUGGAGCCUCAAGCAGGUGUGUACAACGAAACCUACAUCAAGAGCCUCGCGGACUACAUCUCUCUACUGAACGAUAGCGGGAUCCACGUGAUGCUAGACAUGCACCAGGACUGCUGGUCGCCACUCUACUGUCACAGUCACGGAAUCCCGUCCGAGUACGCCCAGCCUUACAACUCCUCUGAUUAUCAACCUGGUGGUUCGAAAGCCUACCCGGAACCGGUUGUAAAGCCGCAAUACGGUCCGAACGGAGAGAUAACAAACUGUGCUGACGUCGGAAAGUUUGUUUUGGGGUGGUCGUCGUGCUACAUCACCUAUUCAAUAGGAGCAGCUGCCCAGCGACUGUAUGAUAACGACAAGGGGAUCCUCGAUCGUUUCGGUGAAUUCUGGAAGUUGAUUGCUGGUCGAGUUCAACAGUUUCAAAAUGUUCUUGGAUAUGAACUCAUCAAUGAACCAUGGCUAGGAGAUGUACCACUCACACUCGACGAGUUAGACCCUGAUAUUAACCCCGAUCAUUGGGAUCUUUGGUUCCCUAAAAUAGCCGACACGAAAAACAUGGCAAGAAUGUACAGAGUUCUCCACGAGUACAUUCGCGAGGUCGACAACGAUUCAAUCAUCUUCUUCGAACCGUCGACAGGCGGGAAUUUUCUCGACGGUUGGCCGGUGGGUUUCGAUGAGGGGCCCGGUGGCACGGCUUACAACAAUCGUCAAGCUCUCUCCUACCAUAUAUACUGUCUCGUGGUCGAUAGAAAACCGAUUACCAAUUUCCUACAACACCUUCUUGAGAUUCUCUCAGUAGAGGCUUGCGAUGUGCUCGACGACGCUCUGUAUGACGUGAGACGCGACGACACGAACAGACUACAACUAGCCGGAUUCCUCACGAAUUUGGAAACGCCGGUGAAGGUAUAGCCGCCGAGCAAGUCAUCGAUUUUGCAACGUCGAAAAUGGACGAAUUGUUUUCACGGAUGGAGUUACUGGUACUUGACCCCCGACCCCAACGUUACGAAACUCGACAGUAAUAAUGUCUCUUGCUCGCCCAUUUCCUCAUAAGAUUGCCGGAACUCCAACUUUCUUGCAGUUUGACCCGAAAUCAAAAACUUUACACUCGUCUAUACACCGUGUACUGCUGCACCUUGCUCUGGGCUACCGACUGAGAUAUUCACAUCACUCUACUAUGCCUACGGUGGCAUAGGGUUUGGGUAUAAUGUUGAGACGUCUGCUAGAGCGAGUGUGACCCUCGAUAAUGAGGCACAAAUGAUGUACAUUACUGUGACAGAAGUAAACAGCCCUGAAGACUCUAUAAAAGUAACUAUCUUUAGAAAGUGAUUCAACAAUAAUAAAAUUUGACUGUGAAAUGUGUCAUAAUAGUGUAUGUGUAUAU